AGACAAGUGUAUAUAUAUUCCGGUUCUAUCUAUUACCGAACACGAGAAUAGCCAUGGCUUCUUCCUUCACCUCCUCCUCCUGCUCUUCGUUUUUGCGUAUUGGUGAUGCGAGAAGCGGGAACUCACGAGCUUCAAGCUUCACAUUCCAUACUCAGGUUUCCUGCGGGAUUCAAAGGGAUGAUAAUGGACGCCGUAUUUGGCGGAGGAGAACACUGACAAAGAAGGAUGAUAUGCUGCGUUACAAACUGCAAAGAGUUCCGUUUGUGGAAGAGCAAGUGAGGAAGAUACAGGAAGUUGGGAAGGUGAUGACGAUGGACAUCGAGCGUUUGCUUUUGAGCGAGGACAACCGCUUUGAGUUCGUCAACAGUGUAGCAGCCGAAGCAACCGAGUACGUUGAGAAAAACAGAGACGAAUACGGAGGUACCAAGAAAGCCAUCUUUCACGUUCUGAGCAACCGUGUCAACGAUCUCGGGUUUGAUCGCCCCGAAGCUUAUGCCGAGUCGGAUCCUUACAAACCUGGUCCUGGCUACUUGAAAGAGUAUUACACUUGAAGAGAGAUACUACUAUUAGCUGCCCUUUUGUUAUUGCAUCUUUUUAUUGUAACUGUUGGAAACGAUAUCUCUUUUGGGGAAAGGAAAAGAUGAAUAAAAGUUAAAAAAAAAAAAUUACUACUGUUAGCAAGAGUUUAAAUUGUAAUAAAAACCGCUUUUCUUGUUC